UAGGAUCAGUAGUGAGAAAACCGUGGUGGGAGGUGGACGUGCUGCAGGAUUUAUUGUGUUGUGUGUUUAAGGAUUGUGUGAAAUGAAGUGGUUUCUUGCACUCGGCCUGUUCCUCGGCUGCGCGGAGCUUAGCAUGAGCAGCGCCAUAAGAUGUAAACCAGGCGACAAUGAUAAAUCAUGUAUGUCAGAAUCUUCAGAACAAGUUUCAGAGUUAAAAUCAUCUGAUUUAAUAACAUACAUAGAGGUUGGGCCUGAGGUGGAAUGUUUAGGGGGUAGUGAAUGGGAGAGUAACUGCCACUUUUGCCGCUGCUCUGAGAUGGGCCGGGCGGUUUGUAAACGGCAAGAAAACUGUCAUAUGGAAUAUGAUGAGCCAUUACGGUGCAAACCACAUACAACAUUCAAAAGAGCCUGCGGCACGUGCAUGUGCCUUGAUAACGGUGUCGGCCUUUGCUCGAUGAAGGAAUGUGUGAAAAUAUCGAGGACACCAAUAAUAACAAAAUCCAAGGAAGCAUUCGGAAAGGAGUGCUUACCCGGAACAAUGUGGAUGAGCCGAUGCAAUGACUGCAAGUGUUCAGAGACGGGAUACCCAAGGUGUUCACACAAUGAGUGUCCAGGACAAGAAAAUGAGCUAGAAUUCCGUUGUGCGCCAGAAUCAGUGUGGAAAGAUGAUUGUAACUCAUGCUGGUGCACUUCUGAAGGAAUAGCGAUGUGCACAAGAAUGGGCUGUCCUAUAAUGAAUGUAACAGAUUGGAAUGGGAAACCAGUGAAACCAAGAAUUGGCUCCGUUUACAAUAGAUUCAUUCAUAAACACAAGCAUAGUAUAAAAAAGCGUUCUCGAUGUGAACCAAACACAACAUUUGAAGAAGAUUGCAAUACAUGUAUCUGCAGUGCUGAUGGCGAAAACUUUGCUUGUACUCUAAAACUUUGUCAUAAACCUAAAGAAGCAAAUGCUACGGAUGAGAAAAGCUUAACUGACCAAAACGUGACAUCACAUAAAAUCAAAAAACGGGCAGUUUGCAAACCAAAUGCCAAAUUCAGGAUUGACUGCAACGACUGUGCCUGUGCGAUCGAUGGUCAGAGCUAUUCUUGUACCGCUGAAGAUUGUGACAAACGAGUGAUCAAUGAUGACGUUGAAGUUUUUAAAGCUGAAGGGGGUCCAGACCACAUAGAGCGACAAACGGUAUGCAAACCACGUGGUAUCUUCUAUAUGGGUUGUAACACUUGUAGAUGCAAUGUUGACGGCAGCAACUACGCUUGCACCAACAAGCCAUGUCCUUUGCCUGAUGAUGUGGAAAUAUUUAGUGAAUUGCAGAUAUUGAAAACAAGUGGCAACACAACGAAGGCUGUCAUUUGCGCGGCAAACCGCAUGUUCAUUAAGGACUGUAACACUUGUUGGUGCAACGAAGAUGGUACAAGCUUCUAUUGUACGAGGAAAUCUUGUGUCAAUCUGUUGGACAAAAGUUUUAAGGAAAUCGAGAAUUUGCCCACACAAAAACAGUGUCGCCCAAACAGUGUGUAUGAAAUGAAUUGCAAUAUAUGUUAUUGUGAUUCCACGGGUACGUCUUCUCACUGUACUCGUCGUGCAUGCCUUCCCGAAGAUAGUACAAAGAGUUCUAUCAGAAGAAACUUUACAGAGAUACGAGAAUUUUCUUUGAGACGGAAUGGCACAGAGCUUCCUUUCAGGCCAAACAUUACAGAGAAAUCGGAAUUUCCUGUUAGAUGGAACAGCACAGAGCUAGAGUUUAUUUUAAGCCGGAACAUGACAGAGGUACCACUAAGGAGAAAGCGGUCGUCUUCGCAGCAAAAAUCAAAUCCAGAUGAAACAACGCAAUCAAGGGUUGCUCCAAUCAUAAAGGGGACGCCGAAGGCCUGCCAGCCCGGCCUCGAGUUCAGGAUGGACUGCAAUAAGUGCCUCUGCGACAACGAGGGGCAGAACUUCUCGUGUACAAGGAACGAUUGUGCCGCUAUUAACAGCAACGGGAAUGGAGGGGACCGGGCUAAGCGAGAAGUAACAUCACUAAAUCAUACGGACUGCACUCCCGGGAGUGUGUUCGAACAAGGGUGCAAUGUAUGCAGGUGCACAUCAGAUGGGAACCACGCUACGUGCACUAUGAAAAUAUGUCAAGAGAGCACAGAAAAUGAUAUUAAUGCACCAGAAUCGGACCCAAGUUUUCGCUGCAACCCGGGGGAACAGUUCAAGCGUGGUUGCAAAGAUUGUACAUGUUCUGCUGACGGCAAAAGCGUGUUUUGCACUUUGCGUCUUUGCGACCAAGACAUGAGUCCGUCGUUGUAACCUUUCCAACAAAAUAGAUGCAUUUAUUUGUCUCUGUCGCUUUGAGAAUAAUACUUAUUUAACGUUUUGUGUUUUGUACGAAGAUGACUGUUAUUGGGGCUUCGCGUAUUUUAUACCGCGAGUUUUACGGUAUAUUUGUCAAAUAUUCAAGAGACAGUGAGUUGAAUAUGCUUUCUUAUCAUAAACGGCCUCUGAAAAAUAAUGAAAUAUAAUCUAGAAUAUCUUUGAUUUGUAUCUAUUGCAUUGUUGUAGCGACUAUGUUAUAGUCAACUUUAGUUACAUUUUUCCGUUGCAGAAACAUUCAAGGUAAUGUUUUAUUUGCUAAGUAGGUUUCAUUUUGCGUCUUUAAUUUGUAUAAUACUUUAACAAUAAUCUGUUUAUUUAAAAGGGCUGGGCCUCUUAAAACUUAAUAAAAGAUUUAAGAAUCUAUUAUAGCUUUUGGAACGAAGUUGCUUAUCGCGCGUUACGAAAAGGGGGCUAGACGGAAUUAGGACAAAAAGUUGUAACGACACUUUUUGUUAUAGUUGUAACUUUGUAAGCCGUGCGGCGUGCGCGCGUUUCAAUGUCUGUCUCUCUCUCUCUCUCUCAUAUAAAGCAAGGCAGAUAAAUUAGUAACUUCGUUCCAUUCAGGUGUCCCUUGGCACCUUAAGUUUUUGAUUGAUUUAUUUGCUUAUCAAUGGAUAUGCGGCUGUCUUGUAAAGUGUUUCUUUGUAAGUAUUAGCAUACAUGUAAUAGUUUAUUAUAUGUAUGGUAUUAGUUCGUAAGAAUGGUGUGUUUUGUUUGUCAAGUUUAUAGCUACAUAUAGUAUUUCAAACGAUAUUAAAUAAGGACUUAUUUAUCCACACUUAUGCGUAAUUAUUUAAUAGUUUAUAGAGGUAAUUAUAAGUAAGGAAUUUUUUUGCAUACACAAACAUGUCCUUAUAGUUUUUUUGUUGAAUAAGUAAGAACAAAGGUAAAUAGGAAUUGAUCAGUUAAAUUAUUGGAUGAUAAUUUACUGGUUUAACUGUUAACGAAAUUCUACUUUAUGUCGAAUAGUUGUUUUCUUUUGAAUUGGUUUUCGGUCGUUUUUAUGCAAACAUUGUAUUACUCAAUACGUAAUUAUACUUAACGUUAAAUGAUCGAACGAAUAAACUAUUACAAUAA